CGUCUCAGGAUGCGAGAGGAGAGCGGAGGAGAGGGGAAGAGAGAGGGGAAUGCGCCGAUGGAAAAGUGUCCAGGGCUCGGUUAACAAGAAAACAGGAUACCGGCCCGCUUCAGUUCGUUCUUGGGACAUUCGGCGAUGAGAGAUUCACCGAAAGGGGCACUUUGAGAUAUGAUGAGGUUUAUUUCUGGUCGGCAAUAGUACUAUGAUUUGGUAUGUGGCCACUUUGAUAGCAAGUGUAUUCAGCACCCGAGGAACGGCCGCUCAAGGUGCCCACGGAGUGCGAGACGAGCCCCAGUUUGUGACAUCACGUGCAGGAGAGAACGUCAUCCUGGGAUGCGACGUGUCCCACCCCCUGAACGGCCAGCCCUAUGUGGUGGAGUGGUUCAAGUAUGGAAUGCCCAUCCCCUUCUUCAUCAACUUCCGCUUCUACCCUCCACAUGUGGACCCGGAAUAUGCCGGCCGGGCCAGUCUGCACGGCAAGUCCUCCCUGCGGAUAGAGAAUGUGCGUUCAGACGACCAAGGCUGGUAUGAGUGUAAGGUGCUGAUGCUGGAGCAGCAGUAUAACACCUUCCACAACGGCAGCUGGGUGCAUCUAACCGUCAACGCCCCCCCCACAUUCACAGAUACGCCACCUCAGUAUGUAGAGGCCAAGGAGGGAGGUAGCAUCACUUUGACCUGCACAGCCUUCGGCAACCCCAAACCCUCGGUCAGCUGGCUGCGGGAAGGCAGCCUUAUGGUCAGCAGUGCCAAGUACAAGGUGUCUGAUGGGAGUUUGACAGUGCUAUCCAUCACCCGGGAGGAUCGUGGGGCCUACACGUGUCGAGCCUUCAGCCCUCAGGGAGAGGUCGUUCACACCACACGGCUGCUAGUACAAGGCCCUCCGUUCAUUGUUUCGCCACCAGAGAACAUCACAGUGAACAUCUCACAGGACGCCUUCUUCACCUGCCAGGCGGAGGCCUACCCUCGCAACCUGACCUACACCUGGUUCUGGGAGGAGGACAACGUCUUCUUCAAGAAUGACCUGAAGCGCAGAGUCAGUAUUCUCAUUGAUGGAUCCCUCAUCAUUGCUCAAGUCAAGCCGGAGGAUGCUGGGAAAUACACCUGUGCUCCUAGCAACAGCCUGGGCCAACCCCCCACUGCCUCUGCCUACCUAACAGUGCAAUAUCCUGCCCGUGUGGGAAACAUGCCAUCUGUCAUCUACGUGGCCAUUGGUCUGCCCGGCUUCAUCCGCUGUCCUGUCGAUGCCAACCCCCCGGUAACUCUGGUUAAGUGGAAGAAAGAUGGCCUCCCUCUCCGAAUAGAUAAGUACCCUGGUUGGAGCCAAAUGGACGAUGGGAGCAUCCGUGUGGCAGAGGUCACAGAGGACUCUCUCGGCACCUAUACCUGCAUGCCUUACAACGCCCUGGGUUCCAUGGGAUGGUCCCCUCCCGCUCCCCUGGUGCUAAAGGACCCUCCCAAAUUCUCAGUGGUUCCUGGAGGGGAGUACAGGCAGGAGGCUGGGAGAGAACUGGUCAUCCCCUGCGAGGCAGAGGGAGACCCCUUUCCCAACAUCACAUGGAGGAAGGUAGGGAAGCCCAGUAAAAGCAAGCACAAUGUUCUGCCCCGAGGCAGCUUACAGUUCAAGUCCCUCAUAAAGGAGGACCACGGGGAGUGGGAGUGUGUCGCCACCAACGUUGCCACGAGCAUCACUGCCAGCACGCACGUCCAAGUCAUAGGCACAAGCCCCCACGCCCCCACCAGCAUCCAUGUGGUGCCAUCCUCCACCUGGGCUAAUGUGUCCUGGGACGCGGGCUAUGACGGAGGCUUCCAGCAGACAUUCUCAGUCUGGUAUGGCCAUGUGCUGAAGAGGGAGCAUUUAGGACCCCAUGACUGGCUUUCCAUACCCGUGCCUGGAGGCCACGACUGGAUGCUGGUGCCCGGCUUGGAGCCAGAGACAACAUACCAGUUCAGCAUCCUGGCCCAAAACAAACUUGGCACAGGCCCUUUCAGCGAGGUUGUCACUGUGAACACACUAGUAUUUCCUAUAAGUACCCCUGAACCAUUGGUGCUGCUUACCCCACCACGGUGCCUCACAGCCAAUCGCACGCAGCAGGGAGUUCUGCUGUCCUGGAUGCCGCCUGCCAAUCAUACAGCACCUAUCCAGCAUUACGUCAUGGAGUUCCGCCUGGGGGAACGGUGGGAGGUCUUGGACGACAGCAUUCCUGCUGGGGAGACGGACUUGCUCGCCCGAGAUCUGAUCCAGGAGGCGUGGUACGAGUUCCGUGUCAUGGCCAUCAUGGAUGACAUGAUCAGCGAGCCUAGUAAUGUAGUAGGAGUGUCCAGCACAGACUUCUUCCCUCCCCCAGAGCUGGUUGAGGAGCGUGGCCUGGCGCGGCCAGUGGUGGCUGGCAUCGUGGCCACCAUCUGUUUCCUGGCAGCAGCUGUCCUGUUCAGUACCAUGGCUGCCUGCUUCGUCAACAAGCAGCGCAGGCGGAAGCUGAAGAAGAAAAGAGACCCCCCUCUUUCCAUAACCCACUGCAGAAAAAGCAUGGAAACGCCGAGUCCACUUAGCCUCAUUCCCAGCGUUGAACCCUUCUGGGAGGGGCUGGACGCAAGCAGGUACAGGCCCCAACCUUCCAGUCCUCAGUCAUCUUCAGGAAAGGUGAGCCCAGAGAGCGUUCGUUCAAAGGCAUCCCCGUCAGAAUCAUCUGAAGACAGUCACGACCAGCGUGGGAAGAAACCACCCCCAAGUCCGGGAAAGAGGGAGGAAUUGUCUUUGUACAAGAAGACCAAAAGAGCAAUAACAAGCAAGAAAUACAGCAUCUCCAAGCAUGAAGCUGAAGCAACAACACCCAUUGAACUCAUCAGCCGAGGCCCAGAUGGACGCUUUGUCAUAGAUCCCGCUGAUGCAGAAAUGUCUGUUAAGCCACGGCGAAUUGAGGGCUUUCCUUUUGUGGAAGAAUCAGACCUCUAUCCUGAAUUCCGGCAGUCAGACGAAGAGAAUGACGAUCCCAGGCCUCUGCCCCCAGUUAUGGCCCCCCUUCGGCCUCACCAGAUUUCCCCCAUCUCCAGUCAGGAAUCCUACCUGCAACCUCCAGCCUACAGCCCUCGAUUCCACAGGCCCUUCGAAGGUAUGACCAUAAUGGAGAGCAGUCGGCUCCAGGCCGCGGGGCAGAUCCGAGGUUCUCUCCACCACAGGGCUUUCUAUGGCUAUCUAGGUCCCCAUGGGGAUCAUGAUCCCCCACCUUUUUACAUGCCCGAUACUAGCCCACUCAGCUCUGUCAUGUCCUCCCCUCCAUACCUUGCUGAAGGUCCUUUUGGUCACCCCAUGAUUCCUGAAGAAAUGGGGGAGGGUGAUUUCCCACAAUAUGCUGUCCCUGGUUUCCCACUUCCUCUGACACUCACCUCUUCCUCUCGUUCACCAGAGAUUUGGCAGGGACUGGAUUUCACCUUUGCAAGUCUGGAGGGGCCCCAGUUUAUUUUUCCGCCGCAUCACCCUUUGCAUCUCCGCCAUGGUUCCCCCUAUCCUCCACCUCAUGUUCUCCCCCUUAGUGCUUUCCAGCCCUCCUCUCUUCCGAUGCCUACUUACCCAGCUGUUCUGCCACUGGAGGCCCCAAAGAGCCGCUCAAGCAAGUCUCCCAGCAAGGCCAAGCCUCAUGGCUCCCCAGCCAAGCAUUUAGCUAUGCAAGAGGCACAUUUAGGGCAGCUAAGACACACAAGCCACGGUAUUGGUGUGCCGGUUUUGCCUUACACCGAUCCAAUGGCCCAUAUUGUCCCUAGCACAUUCAGUAGCCUGGACACACGAUGGUUUGAAACAACCCCUCGUUUCAGUCCUAGACAGCCUCGUAGGAUGGAUUCUGGCAUGCAUCAGGUGGUUCUCCAGCCCUCCCGACUCUCACCCCUCACCCAAAGCCCCUUUAGUUCUCAUGAGGGCUCCCCAGAGAUUGUAGUACGUCCCAGGCCACGUCCCAGCAUUGUCCAACCUCGCAUACCCCCAGAGAUGUCUGAGAUUACCCUCCUCCCUCCUUCCACAGCCAGCUUCUCAAGGAGAUCUUCCCCCUCCUCCUCACCUGCCCAAGGCCAGGGUAAAGGCAGAGCAAGUCCCAGCUACCGUUCCCACAUGGCCUUUGCCACCUCUGCAACCAGCUACCCAGCUUCCCAGUCCCCGUCACCCCCCAUGGAAAGCAGCAACCUAUUUGGGCAGAUGCCAUCUCAGAGGAGGACUGAGGAGGGGAUCCUUCCAUCUGAGCCCUCUCCACCCCAGUGGUCAGCUUCAGGAAAACGCCGAGGUGCGCCGAGUGCCCUUUCAGGGUCUGAGAGGAUUGAUGCACUGAGAUACCAACGUAUUAAAAAGGCCAAGAAGAUGAUGAUGAACAACAAUAACUCCAAGUCCAGAAAGAAAGCAGGUGUCACCACCUCUCAGACCCAGCAGGCCUACACCUCUCAGGUACUCCAGCCCGAAGAAGCUCUCUACCUCCGCAAGAAGAAGAAACGGCCCAUCCUCUAUGACCCAUAUACUCGCUUUUCUGCUCUGCUGUACCGCCGCCCACCCAGGGAGGACCAGAAGGCUAUUUUGGCCAGCAUGGACAACAUAGACCUAGACCAUGCAACCCUCCUCUGAAAGGUCACAACCAUAUGCCAUCAUUCCAAAAUAACACUAGCUACAUACCAGAUGGUAAAAAACAAAACAAAGAUGAUUGCAAUUUAUUGUCUAUAAAGGGGAAUAGCUCUAAAUUUCAGCGUUCAGAUUGGGUACCUUCUGUAGUUACGCCCUUGGUCAGUUCAAUCCGCACUAGUAAGCAUUCUGCUGUGUUCAAUCUGUGAUGACUGAAAAUGUACCCCAAACAAUCAGAUCAAGAACACACAAAAAAAGUACAUUAAUGAUUGUGUCUGAAAUGCUGGUCCCAACUUACUGUUAGUGAUGUACAGUAGCAGCAUUUGUAGAUUGGAAUGGCAUCACAGAGGGCAUCCUGGUUCCAAGGCUUUCCCUCUGAAAAAAAGAUUAUUUUGACUACUACUGAUUGGGAUGAUCUGUGUAUGCUUACAUCCAGAAGUAUUCCUUUUAAAAAUGUGUUUAGACUAUUAGCAGUUUAAAUCAAAAUGAUAGUUGCCACAAUUUUCCAAAGUUUUACUCCAGUGCAAAAAAAGGAAUUACAAAAGAGGCAAUACAGUACAUGAUAACCAGCUCCUGUUUUCCCCAUUUAAAAUAAAAAAGAAUAUACUGUAGUUUUCCCACUCCAGUGUUACCGUACUUAAUUUAAAAGGCUUCUCCAGACUAAGAUCAUGUUUAUUGUGCUGAGCCAAUCCCCCCCCCCCCCCCCAAAAAAACGCCCUGCGGGUCUCUGUUUACAGCACCUUCCACCGGAUCCUCUCCGCCAGCAGCGUCUCUAAUCUGCCGAAAAACUCGCCUCACAAAUAUGGGUGUUCUCACUUUCUACCAAGUAUACCUCAGAGCACAGGACACGAGACCACACAACCACCAGGAUCAGCCAGCAGAACAAACUAGCCUUUUUUCAUGUCAUUGUGUUCCACUUCCUUUCCUCAUAAUGACGCGUUAUAGUUUCUCUUUACUUUUCCUUUCUUAUAUGCACUUCUUCUAGUUUGUUACAGUAGAUGUACAUAAUUCAUUUUAUUUAGCUCUCAGAAUGAUGAUUCUGUCACAUUCUACUCAUCUUUUCUGUCUCUUGUCGGAAACGAUCAGGACUGACAAACAGAAACACAACCUUAAACUACUUUACUCAGCCUACUGAGGGAAUUCUAUUGACUUUCACUAUAUCCAAUUACUUAUUGAAUAGAUGUCAUUCAGCAGUGAAUCGCACAGGGGCUUACUCUACAUUUGCAUUUCACACUCUUAUAACCAAGAUUAACAGGCGCAAUGAAAAGUGUUAAUUCACUUGCUUUGAGUUAUUCUAUAUGAAGUCAUUUAAACGCUCCAAUUAACUGCUCUGUCUUUGCACUGGAGCAAAAUCGGGUCCAUUUCCUCAGAUUUGUGUCUGCUUCUUUACAUCUCCUCCAGUUUUUCUUCUUUAGGUAGUGUAGAGAGUUCCAAAUCCUAAUAACUAUAGUUAUGCCAAAAAGAAAAUCAAUUAAAAAAGUAACCAUCCAUACAUAGUGGAGGAUAAGAUUUUGUGAAAUAGUAUAUUAUAGUAUUUUCUUCAUAGAUUUUAGAGGGCAUAAAAAACAAUGGCUUUGUUUGGCCUUAAUGAAGCUUCUGGUCGGUUGCCUGACUCACGUCUAAUUUCUAUUUAUAUAUUUACGUUUUGUUUUUUUAUGUGUGCGUGCAUGUGUAAUUACCUGCCUCUUUGUAUUUUGUCUCUUUAUGUGCUUGUCAUUUCAAAUGGAAAUGCUGAGAGUACAGUCAUCCCUGAAGGAAAUAGUAAGUGGCAUUGAAGGCAACACACAGAGAGCCAAAAGUUUUUGUCGUAUGCUACACUUUUGUUAACAUGUGGCCCAGUUUUACUUUGAAAGAUUCCAGUGAUUGAUAUUACAUUUGCCUGUCUAACUGACACGGAAAUGUAGACACUAAGGGGCUAAAAUUUGUUUUUAUUGGAUAAGUAAAGGAAGUGCCAUAACAUCCGAAACUCAACUAUAUCACAUAUUACACAUGCUGCAGCUCAAUCAUAUUUUAGGUUCAACAAAGGAUGGGUGUGUAAUGUAACAGUUUUGUUGCUGUUUUUUUUGUUUGUUUUCUUUUUCCUGUUUUGCUCAAAAGGUGCUCAAUUUCUUCAGAAGUUGUAUUCAUUCAUAGAUGUUACAGUAACAUAUCUUGGGCUCCUAAUAUGAAAUGAAAGCUGUUCUGCUGAAGUGUGUUUGGAGUGGUUUUGCUCAUGUUCAGUUUUUAUGAAUUUAUUUAUUUGUGUUAUUGUGAUUUUUAGCAGAUUCUGACAACUCCAACAUAGUCUUCUAAAAUCAACCACAUUUUAAGUGAUUCAAUUUGUUUGCUUGAUUAAGAUAUUUCCACAAUAAAUGCUUAGUGCUUAGCGGUGUUAAGCUUACAAAACAAUCUGCUCAGACAACCGACUUCUCCUCUCAUAUUUAAUAUUUAAAGUGCAGGAGGAGUGAAGAAGACGAAGUGAUGUGAUCUAUUUCAUAAAACAGGGAAUAAUAACUACAUCUCCUGUUAGAAAAUGAUCAUACAUAAAUAGAGAAGCAAAAAUAAUACUAAUAAUAAUAACUUGACUAUAUCCAUCAUACUGGAAUAAAGUUAAUACAUGCAUCAUACAGAUGCAUUAGCAGUUUUAGUAGAGAAGCUAGUGCCUUUAUGAAUUAUUAUGUCUCCAAGGUUGGAACAUCUGGUAGCUAACAGUGAAGUAUUGCGCCUAUGUCAACAUAAUGCAAUUAUUGUGGAAAUAACUUUGAAAUACAAUUUAUACAUUAAUAAUGUAUUAAUGUUAACAUAUGUAACUAAAGUGAAACCACAAUCUGUACUUCCAAAGAUAACAAAGUCAGCAUGAAUCAUUUCAGUGAGAAUGAAGUGGCAUUAGAAUGCACGUAGAACACCCAGAUCAUUGGUCAUUGGCCAUUCCCCAACCAACUUCAACGUUACCAAUCCCCAACCAACUUCAACAUUACCAAUCCCCAACCAUCUUCAACAUGUGAUCAAUGAGAACUCCUGCCCUCCAAUGUGAAUGUGUCGGGGCAGAGCCUAGAGGAAUUACCAUGAGCUUUUUAAGGCACUAACUGAUGGGAUGACUGAAAUGUAUCAGCGGAGAGGCCAUCCCAUCAUACAGGAAGUGUUUGAGCAGUGGCUCUUCAUGCAGUCCAAUGUGCUAAGUGAACCAUAAAGUAAUGUAAUGUAAAUUAUUACAAAUGUCACUUCCAUUUUCACAACUGUGUAAUUACUGUAUUGUUGUAUUUUAUGAUUCUUUUCUAAUGAGCCUAUGUUUAAAAGAUCGGUGGUUGGAAGGCACUUGUUGGAGUGAUGGUUGGAUUCAAAAUCACACUGAAAGAGAAACAAUGACCUCUUCUUCCAUAAAUGCCUUUUUGUGGCAUACCUACAGUGAUAUUUCAUGUUUUAAGGCACUCUGAUGUUCUCCAAGUCAAAUAUGUAAUUAUAGAAAUGUAUUUGUCAGAUGUAAGAAGAAGAGUGCCAUAGUUUCCUUUCAAAAUGACAUUUUGGUUUAUUGACUGUUUCACUGCAGACCUUCUGAUGUUUGUGUUGCUGUGGGUCAUCUUAGCCGAGCUCUGGAGGGAGUUCGCUGAAUGAGUGAAGUCAGUCUGUUGGUUUUGUUGAAAGACUUUGGCAUUGUACUUUCUAGGCCUGCAUGAUCGAGGGGACAGAGGCCAUUGCAUGUAACACUGUGUAUGAAAAGACAAGGUAAACACAUUUAAGGGACGGUUUGAUUAACAUCAAUUAACAAUUAAUUUAUCAACCAGGACUAGAAAGACUAUAUUUACAUUGCUAAGAAACGAGCAAGAUAUUGCUGUUAGGAAAGUUUGGGAAUCUGACAUUCCCUAAUACCAGCAGAGCAUUUCUAACCAAUUAUUCCAAAGCAGGCACUAUUUUCUACCAAUGAUGACGUUCUAGAAUGGAAUGUAAGAUCAGUAGAAUAGGUGUUAAAAAAGUCGACAACAUUCUGUUAAGAGUUUAAAUUUAAAACAAAACUAAGUGUAUUAACAAUAGGGAUAGCUUGUAAUGUACAUUCUGUACUGUACCAACAUAUUGUCGCUGUCGGGCAGAAAUCUUGUAUCUCCAUAUUCGUCUUUUUUUUUUUUUUAUGAAUCAAUGCUAUUGG